CAGCAGCGGCGAGCGGCCAGCCCGGGCUCCGUCUGCCCUCGCUCCUCUCUGGAUUACCCGCAGCUGCUGGAGUUGCCACCACAGAAGAGCUCCAUGGCAGGAUCUUGUGAGAUCAGCAACAUCUUCUCUAACUACAUCAGCGCCAUGUACCAGCCCGACGAGGUGCAGCCAGCCUUGGACAUGCUGGGGCAGUUUGGGGAUGACAGCAACCUGGGGCUCAGCCUCCCGGCCAGCCAGCCCCCAGCACAGAGCACAGACAAGCCCCAGUGGUUCAGUGAGCUCCCGUACUUCUGGACCAAGGUGCAGGUGCUGGAGUGGAUCAGCUACCACGUGGAGAAGAACAAGUACGAUGCCAGCUCCAUCGACUUCUCCUGCUGCAACAUGGACGGGCACACGCUGUGCCACUGCAGCAGGGACCAGAUGCGCCUCAUCUUCGGGCCCUUGGGGGAUGAGCUCUACGACCGCCUGCAUGAGAUCACCUCUGAUGAGCUGAAUUGGAUCAUUGAUUUGCUAGAAAAAGAGGAUGCGACUUCCCAGACCUUCCUCAACUCCAGCCAGCUGGAGCUGGGAAAUUCCUGUGCCAAGGACUCCCUGGAGGACUUAAAGCCCACAAACCCUUUCACAGACUUCACCUACUUGCCGGGUUCCAUGUCCCCAGGCAGCUCUGAUGUCUCAGGGCCUGUGAUGUCCCAUAGCCCCAACUCUCAGGACUCCGGUGGAAGUGACCUCGACCUCGACCCUGCAGAAUCAAAGCUCUUUCCUGAUGACCACUUUCCAGGCAGCAAAAAAGGGGACAGCAAACACGGCAAGCGGAAACGGGGACGGCCCCGAAAACUCAGCAAGGAGAGCAGAGACUGCCUGGAGAACAGGAAGAGCAAGCACUCCCCAAGAGGUACCCACCUGUGGGAGUUCAUCCGGGACAUCCUGAUCCACCCUGAGCUCAACGAGGGGCUGAUGAAGUGGGAGGACCGGCGGGAGGGGGUCUUCAAGUUCCUGCGCUCGGAAGCGGUGGCUCAGCUCUGGGGCCAGAAGAAGAAAAACAGCAGCAUGACCUACGAGAAGCUGAGCAGAGCCAUGCGAUACUACUACAAACGAGAGAUCCUGGAGAGAGUCGAUGGACGACGGCUGGUGUACAAGUUUGGGAAGAACUCCAGCGGCUGGAAGGAAGAGGAGGUGCUCAACAGGAACAAGGAGCUGUAGGAGUCCUGGAUGAGCCAGG